CCUGUCGUCAAGCACGAAUGCGAUGAUGGCGGAACGAAGGGCAUCCCGGCGGUCGUUUGCCGUUCCGAAAUCAAGGGGAUCUGCACGGCGAUCCCCAUCCCCACAACUCCCGCUGUCGCGGAAGCUGGACUGCAACAUUGCGGAAGCCCUUGUCAAAGGCGCCCCACUGCAGGAUAUCGCAGAUAUACUCACCAGCAGCCCCAACCAGGCUGCCGCGCUCGACAGAUACCAAAGACACCCGUUGGAGCUGGCUGCCAUUCACAACCGCCAGGAUGUGAUGGAGGUGCUUCUGCAGCGGAACAUGAACAUCAACACAAAAGGGCCGCAGGGAUACGCGGCGAUACACAGGGCGUGCAUGUGGGGACACAAGGACAUGGUGCAGUUCUUGCUCGACUAUGGCGCUGACCCCACGUGA